AUGGCGAGGAAAUGCUCAUAUUGUGGAAACUUAGGUCACAAUUCAAGGACUUGCAAUAACAGUCUCAGUCAAAGAGAGGACUUUAAUGGUGGACUAAAGCUUUUUGGAGUGCAACUUGACGCUUAUUCUUCUUCAUCAUCCUCCACUUCUUCUUCACCUUGUUAUUUUUCCAUGAACACAAGUUUCAGCAACGAUUUCAUGCUAUCUUCACGGACAUCAUUAUCUGUACCCUCCUCGCUUUUCCAGCUUGGUGCAAAUGAAAAUUCAGAUAGUUACUUAUCAACAAUCCAAGACAGGAAAAAAGGUGCGCCGUGGACGGAGGAAGAGCACCGUGUAUUUCUUAUAGGGCUUGAGAAGCUGGGGAAGGGUAACUGGAGAGGCAUAUCUAAAAGUUUUGUGACAACAAGAACACCAACCCAAGUGGCAAGUCAUGCACAAAAAUAUUUUCUCCGUCAAUCUCAGAAUAGCUUCAAUGGAAGAAAACGCCGUCCUAGCCUGCUUGAUGUGAGUAAAUUAAACUGGUUUACUAAUUUGACAUCAAAUGGUAUAGACUGCAUCAGCCAAUUGAGUAGAAAUAGAAUUUUUCUUUCUCAGUGGCAUUCACAUCCUCCUCAUUCAGUGCUGAAUUGGCCAAACUCUUCAACAAAUUGCACUCUUCAAAGCGCAGCCCCUGAUUUAGAACUCAAACUUGCAACUCCCACACCAUUGGAGCUAAAAGAGGAAUGCUCUGCAGGCCAUUUGAGUUGA